AUGGAGAGGAAAGGGAACAUCCUGAUGAAGAAGUACGAGAUCGGGAAGCUCCUGGGGCAGGGCACGUUCGCCAAGGUCCAUCACGCGCGCGACCUCAACACGGGCCAUAGCGUGGCCAUCAAGAUCAUCGACAAGGAAAAAAUCUCCCGUGUGGGCCUCAUGGAGCAGAUCAAGCGCGAGAUCUCGGUCAUGCGGCUUGUGCGCCACCCGAACGUCGUCCAGCUGUACGAGGUCAUGGCCAGCCGGUCCAAGAUCUACUUCGCCAUGGAGUACGUCCGCGGCGGGGAGCUCUUCAACAAGGUUUCCAAGGGCCGUCUCAAGGAGGAUGCUGCCCGCCGCUACUUCCAGCAGUUGGUGGCCGCCGUCGAUUAUUGCCACAGCCGCGGCGCGUACCACCGCGACCUCAAGCCCGAGAACCUCCUCCUCGACGAGUCGGGUAAUCUCAAGGUGUCCGACUUCGGGCUCUCGGCCCUCCACGACUCCAAGCGCCAGGACGGGCUCCUCCACACGACGUGCGGCACCCCUGCCUACGUGGCGCCCGAGGUUAUUAUAAAGCGAGGCUACGACGGGGAGAAGGCCGACGUGUGGUCGUGUGGGGUUAUCCUCUUCGUUCUCCUCGCGGGUUAUCUCCCGUUCCAGGAUGCAAAUUUAAUGGAAAUGUACCGGAAGAUUUGUCGGGGGGAGUUCCGGUGUCCGCAGUGGAUCCCGCCGGAGGUCCGAAAGCUUCUGUCGAGGAUCCUCGACCCGAACCCAGCCACGCGGGCCACGCUCCCGAGGAUCAUGGUGAACUCGUGGUUCCGGAAGGGUUUCAGGAGGAUUGAGUACCCGGAGGAGGAGGAGGAGGAGGAAAUUUCGCCGAGGAGCGUGCUCGAGAUAGUCGAGUCGGACGGGGAGGAGCAUUCGCAGAGCAAGCCGCAGAGGAUGAAUGCGUUCGACAUAAUAUCGCUUUCGGAAGGGUUCGAUUUGUCGGGGAUUUUGGGGAAGGGAGAGAAUCGGGCGUGGUUUGCGACAAGGAAGCCAGCGGCGGAGGUGGUGGAGAAGCUGGAGGAGCUGGCGGAGCGGGUGAGCUUCAGGGUGAAGAGGAAGAAAGAAGGGUUGGUGAAGAUGCAGGGAAGUAGAGGGGGGAGGAAGGGACAGCUGGUGAUCGACGCCGAGAUAUUCGAGGUGGCGCCGUCGUUGCAUGUGGUGGAGGUGAAGAAGACGGCGGGGGACACGUUGGAGUACGUCAAGUUUCGGGAACAGGAGAUGAAGCCUUCGCUCAAGGACGUGGUGUGGAGUUGGCAGGGAGGGGAGCAGCCGGCGGCCGUGCAAGAAUCAUCACAUGUUGAUGAUUGUUGA